AUGCCGAACACAAACACAAGGGUAGGCCGAUCAGAUCGCUUCAACAACCUCAACGUAUACUACUGUCUCUGCGGAGAGUUCGCUCUCGUCUGCGAUCGAACUCUCGCAUCCCUGCCGCUUCGACCGCUCGACAACUCUCGCGUGCUUCGCUGCCUCGAUUCACCACCCUACUCGAUCACUGGUGCUCCACAAAAGGUUCGAAAAGCGCGAGCCUUCAAGGUCAGCGCAUCACAGGGAGAGGCCAAGUUGAUCAAGAGGCCAGAUGGCACCGUAGAGAAACAGUAUCCAUUCAACUGCUCAAGAUGCAAGCUGCAGUUGGCUUACGAACACACUCCGCCACCACUGAAGAGUGGAGGGAAGUUCACUUUCGUAUUGCGUGGGGCAUUGACAGAUAGGCAAGGAGUUCUCCCGCUCGACACUUUCCUGCAAGAUUUGCUAGCAUCUCACAAUGAUGACAAUGAUGAGCACACUACCGAGAAGCCAUAA